UUUUCCGGCUUGACUGCCGACAACGACGAGCAUGGCGUCGGACCCGUCGUUGACACCGCCAGCACUGACGCCGGACAUCACAGGCUCAGGUUUAGGAGACUCUGCACAGACCAUGGAUCUGCUUGCAGCCAAGAAACCGGCUGGGUCUCGUCGCCAGAUUGCCUUCUAUCCCAAUAGCAAUGCAAGCAACAAACCAGUAAAACCAUUCAGUCGAAGUGCAGCCAAACGACAGAGUGUCAUGGCAUUGGGGAGCAUCGAGCAUCUCCAGCACUACUUUACCAAGACUGGCCUUGCUGCAAAGACGACACCAUCCAAUAAGCUCCAGGGCCAAUUCGUCCCGGCGAUUGGUGGGCUAUCACUCAAGACAGAUGCACCGUCGUCAUUAGAUACCAUACAGGACUUCGAGCUCCCUCCGUCCCCCGUCAUCCCCGAAUCACGACCACAAACAUUCCCGCCCUUUGUCAAGACAUACGAGACGGAUCCGGACGCGUUCCUUCCAGGCGUCAUAGACGAUCUCGUCGCAACGACUCGCGUUUGGGAACUAGAUCUCUCCAGCACCGCUGACACCCCAUGUGUAUCGCCAUCAAACAGCCACAUUGAUGUUCUAGGCAUUCUCAAGACAACGACACGUGCUAUUCGUUCCGUGCGCAACUACGUGAUCGCCCUCCCGGAUGACUCCGCUGGGACAAUUCGCAAUCAGUAUCGCAACAAGAUCGCAGCAGGCGAUCCCGUCAAACGGAACAAACCCAGACAGAGCGCACAACCAGAUCCUCUAUCGAUGAUUCGCAAGUCGGCAUUGGAGGUAUUGUCUGCACUUCGCGAACUCGAGGAACGCUCGAGAGUACCGUUGACGGACGAAGUGUAUGAUGCCCAGAGCGAUCAUGGUUCGUCGCAUGGACAGAAUCCGCAUUCGCGUGUCGCCUCACCGAGUGGCGUAUCUGAUGACGAGAUUGAUUCGCAAGCUUUUGAUCCAGAUAUGUCGAUAUCGUUUAUCCGCGUCCAGGGUCGCUACGACUCGAUCCCGGUGUGGGAGGAUGAAUUUGAACAGGAAACUCACGUUAACGAGGAGGAGCAGGAGACACGUGAGCGGUGGGACGAUAAGCUUGUUCUAGGCGGUGGAUGGCUGUAUAAACAGGACGUACGGCUGCAGGAUCUAGGCAAGGAACGGGACAUCGUUCAGCGGUAUGUGGAUCUCGUCGAUGACGUACUUUUCGAUGGGCAAAGGGAUGGGAAGCGUGGGUGGGAGAGGGCACGCGAACGUGUUGCGAAACGGGAUCGCGAGAGUCGGAGCAAGGGUCGCCGAGUAAGCGCAGGUGAUAUUAAUUCGUUCCGUUUCCCUUGUGAGCGGCCGUCAUCGGCGCGUCGGGUUGUUUCCAUGGAUUCGCUGCAAGCAAUGACGCUCACGGACGAAGACGAUCUCCCGGAGUGGGCCAAACGGUCUUCGUUUACAGAUAAUGUCAUCGGGCGCGCCUACGCUCUCUUACAGGCUCUCUUACCGGAAUACCUUCGUUGUGUUCUUCCAUCUCCACUCGAAAGGACUGCCUUGCUUCGUGUCCUGUCAUCGGGGCAACCACUGUGUGUGGCAUAUAACACGGGUGUGAGGCGCUCCCGCAAGCCAUGGGGGUUCAUCAGUGUCGAUUCUAUUCACGACAUUAUAUCUCUGGAGCAGAAUGCAGAGGGUGUGGAUGAAAAAGGAGCGACUGGAUGGACAUUUAGAAGGACCGAUAACCUUCGGCUGUGGGCUGGAGCCCUCAAGUUGCGAUACCUCCUCCCCCUCAUCAUUCCUUCUGCACCAGGUCGCCCCGACCACAUGACGCCCUCGUCCUCGCCGGCGCGUAAUGCAUCUCCCGGCCGUGGUAUACCCAGCAGUCCAUCGACACCCACAGCGCAAAGGAUUCGCUUCUCUACGAAUGAAACGCCCAUCCACUUCGAUCCGCGUCUUGUCGCGCGCAGAGAGGAAGGGUGGGAAUCGAUGCUAGAAGUCACUCUGGUGCGCUGGGUGACAGCUGUCGUCGAAGAACGACGUGGCGAGCGGUGAUCCAUGUUCAUGUUUUAUCUUAUAUUUUUUCUUUGUGGUCAACUUUGGAGACACACUGGUUUCUAUAUAUGGUACAUACCGUUUCCGUGACGUAAUUCGAUUCCCACGAAUCCGGCAACAAAAA